CCAUCUCCUGCUGUUUCAGCUGAACAUUCAGCUUCUGUAAUGCUGUGGCAUUUAACCGUAAAAAGAAAAAAGCAAUGUUUAUGCCAAGAAUUGCAUUCUUCAGAGCAUUCCACUCCUACGUCUUUUGACCUUAUUAGAUGCUCAUUAAUUUGUGCGACCAAAAUGCCUGUGCACAGAGGAGACCGAUCUGACUUCUGCCAGUGGAUGAUGAGUGUCUUCCCAUCACUCGCACCUUCAGUAAUCUUCAUGUUUCCAUGAAAAUGAAGAUGUGUGCUUCCCCCUCCGGGCCUUGAAAGACUUUACCACUGUCACUGCCGUGAAUGGCUGAAAUUCUAGAUGAAAUGAAGAUGAAAUCAUAGAAAAAAUCCUGAUGAAGCUGAGGAGCUUAAGCAGUUGCAGAACUGGCUGCCGUCACUGCCGUGCUGUGUAAUGCACCAAAGAGCAGGAUAUUCCAGUGAUGUGGAGAUGGAAUCCACUUCCUUUGUCAGAAAUAUUUUCAAUGGGCAGCUCAUACCUGACAAUGUUUUCCCUUUCCCCUCAGCUCUCACAGAGGAGGAAACACAGUCCCUGCGAGCCUUGCUAGAUCCCUUCACUCGCUUCUUUGAGGAGGUUAACAAUCCUGCUGCAAAUGAGAAGCUGGAAUCUAUUGAGGAGGCUACCUUGGCAGGGCUGAAAGACCUAGGAGCCUUUGGACUGCAGGUGCCAGAGGAGCUGGGAGGCACUGGACUGAAGAACAGCCAGUACGCUCGCAUAGUGGAGGUAGUGGGACUGCAUGAUCUUGGUGUGGGCAUCAUCCUCGGAGCACAUCAGUCCAUUGGCUUUAAGGGCAUCCUGCUCUUUGGGACCCCGAGCCAGAAGGAGAAGUACCUGCCCAAGCUCGCCUCCGGGGAGACCACAGCUGCCUUCUGCCUGACGGAGCCCUCCAGCGGCUCAGACGCAGCCUCCAUCCGGACGGUGGCCGACCUCAGCCCCUGUGGCAAGUUCUACACCCUCAAUGGAGAGAAGAUCUGGAUCAGUAAUGGAGGGAUAGCUGAGAUCUUCACUGUGUUUGCCAAGACACCAAUAAAGGUAGAAACUGGUGAAAUAAAAGAAAGAAUUUCUGCUUUCAUCGUAGAGCGAGCAUUUGGGGGAGUAACCAGUGGCCCUCCAGAGAAGAAGAUGGGGAUCAAAUGCUCCAAUACAACUGAGGUUCACUUUGAUAACGUGAAAGUGCCUGCAGAAAAUCUGCUAGGGGGACUCGGGAAAGGCUUCAAGGUGGCAAUGAACAUACUGAAUAAUGGCCGUUUUGGGAUGGCGUCUGCCCUGGCUGGGACCAUGCGAGGAGUGAUCGUCAAAGCCGCAGACCAUGCUGCUAACCGCACACAGUUUGGAGACAAGAUAAGCAACUACGGGGCUAUUCAGGAGAAAAUUGCCCGGAUGGCCAUGCUGCACUAUGUCACAGAGUCAAUGGCCUAUGUGCUGAGCGCCAACAUGGACAUGAAGGUGACUGAUUACAAGCUGGAAGCUGCUAUCAGCAAGAUUUUUGCUUCGGAAGCAGCCUGGCAUGUCACAGAUGAGGCCAUCCAGGUCCUCGGAGGAAUGGGAUACAUGCAGGAAGCAGGCAUUGAGAAGAUCCUGAGGGACCUGAGGGUUUUCCGCAUCUUUGAGGGCACCAACGACAUCCUCCGGCUGUUUGUGGCACUGACAGGUGUUCAGUACGCUGGAGGCUGCUUAAAAAAACUGCAGAAAAGCAUCAUGAGCCCACUAGGGAAUGUGCACGCUAUCCUCAGAGAAGUUGGAUGGAGAACAAAGCGAAAAGUAGGGAUCUAUUCUGGCUUCUCUCUCCAGGGACUUGUUCAUUCAGACCUCGACAGCAGUGCAGCCCAGCUGACGAAGGCUGUUGACCUGCUGGGAGAAGCUGUAGAGAGCCUCCUGCUGAAGUUUGGCACCAGGCUGACAGAUAAGCAGUUCCACCUGAAGCGUGUGGCCGAUGCUGCGAUAGACAUGUACGCCAUGGCUGUGGUGCUCUCCAGGGCCAGCCGAGCCUUAUCUCUGAAACGGGCGUCUGCAGAACAUGAGAAACUCCUGUGCCGGACGUGGUGUCACGAGGCAUAUGAGCGAGUGAAGGCAAAUUUGAGAGCAGUGAAGUCGUCUACGUGGAAUCAGUCUUGCAGCAACAUGAAGCUCAUAUCGCAUGCGGUGGUGCAGAACAAGGGGGUCUACACGACACACCCACUUGGCUUCUGAAGGGAUCCUGCCUUGGGUUAGAGCGAACCACUGCGACUCCUGCUAGGACAUAAUAAAUUGCUGUUAAUUUACUUCCACUGGUAUUGGUACUAGUUAUGAGGGAGCUGACAGCUACAGCAAAGCCCACCCCACAGGCUUGCUGGAUGGCUAUGUGUGUGGGGAUCUCACCUCUGCAGUGGAUGGUAUGAUGCCAUUUGUACAGUUCAGGUCAGGACAUGCAUCAACAGUUCUGAUUUCUAACCCGUUUAUAUUGCAAGAGGUUCAGAUGAAUGUGGGACUUCACAGAGGUUCUGCAGCUUCCUUUGAUGUUAAUGUGAGCAGCCAGUCUAAAGCCGGGAUCUUAGAGCUUGAUGGAUGCACACAUAGUGGCAACCAAACUGCUGAGGGAGCCAUGUGCUGGGGAGAGCCUCUGCGUGCUGCCCAGCUGGGUGCUGGGGCUGCCAGGGGGAUGGAGGACCAUGGCGCGUGAGGAAGCUGGGCUUCCUCAGGCUCCUCGCCCCUGGCUACCGUUGCUGUGUGGGUUUGAUGAUGCAGCAUCAUCCCCGGGACCCAGUGAGUGCUCUGUAAGAGGGGCAGACGUGGAGCUGCUUGUGGCUCUUGAAGUUGUUUGUACAGUCAGAGGCUCAGAGCAUGUUUGUGCAUGUACGAGUAAGCCAUGGGGAGCAGUGUAAAAAAGGCAUAGAAAGGGUGAAAGCCUGAACAGAGAUUAGAUUAAAAGAAAAUGUAAUUAAA